AUGCAACCCCCCAACAGCAACCUCCGCGCCUUCAACCUGGCCGUCUCAACCCUCCUAAAAACCCCCUCCAACUUCCUCCCCCACCUCACCAUCCCAACAAUCACCCACCUACCCGAAAACCUCGGCCCAGCAGUCCACCCCAACACCCAAAAGCCACCACCCACAAUCCGGGCCCUCGUCCUCGACAAAGACAACACACUCUGCCACCCGAAAACCACCUCUUUCCCAUCCGAGAUCCUUAAAAAGCUGCACGCGCUACGCACCUCCCCAACGUCCCCCUUCACGGCAGAUAACUCAAUCCUGAUUGUCUCGAACCGCGCGGGGAGUCACCCGCGGUAUGAUGCAGAGGUGCGCGAGCUGGAGAAGGAACUGGGGGAGCUGCGGAUUCCGGUGUUUCGGCUUCCCGAGGGGAGCGAGAAGAAGCCGUUUUGUGGGAGGGAGGUGCUGGAGUGGUUCCGGGAAAGGGGGGUGGUGAGUCGCGCGGAUGAGAUUGCGGUGGUGGGGGAUCGGUUGGGGACGGAUGUGUUGAUGGCGGUGGAGAUGGGGUCGUGGAGUGUUUGGUGUCGGGAUGGUGUGACUGAGGGAGGCAGGGAGAUGAAUCUGUUGGAGAAGAUGGAGGUUUGGAUUGAGAAGUAUUUGAGGGAGUCGAGGGGGUUGAAGGCGCCGGUGCCGAAGGGGUGGGAGGGUCGGUAG